GGCGAAAGAAAGUUUGACCGACCCAACACGGAAAAAGGCCGUAGCGCCUUCCGCAAGUAGAGGGGGGGUGACAGAGGCCGUGCAGAAUGCUGUACGCCGCCAGCGCGCGGCGCCGCAGCGUCUGCCGCGGCUUUGUUUUAAAUUUACUGGCGUUAUCCGCCUGUGCCUACACGGCCACGGCGCCGCGGCCAGUCCGCGCGCCCGUCGCGCCCGAUUCGGUGGAUGGCUGGGCCGUCACGCCGAAACGCAGCACGUGGCAGGGCCGGGAGCUCAUGUGUCUGGUGGUGAGCGACGACCCGAGCGUCGACAACCUCCACAGCGUCGCCCACCCGGACCACCCGCGCUAUAGGGCGUUCGAGGAGCUCGAGGAUCCCCACGGCGCGCUCGGCGUCUGGCCGUCGGCCUAUGCCGCGUGCGCUGCGCUCGAAAGGAUCGCGUCGGAGCGCAAGAGGCCGCCGACGGUGCUCGAGCUCGGCUGCGGCGCGGGCCUGCCGUCGUUGUACGCGUCGAUCGUCCUCGAGUCGCCGCGCGUCGUGGCCACCGACGUCGAGGCCGUGCCGCUCGCGUUUUUGAAGGCGGCCCGGAGCGCGCACGCGCCCGUCGACGCGGGGUCGUUCGCGACGGCCGUCCUGGACGUCACCUACGCGGCCGUCGAUGAUAUAAGGGGCUUCGACGUCGUCGUGUGCGCGGACAUGUUGUAUGACACGGACGUCGCCACCGCCUUAGGAGCGCUGCUCGGCGCGGCGGCCUGCGGCGCCGGCGCGCCGGAGUUCGUCGUCUGCGACCCGGGCCGCCGCGGCCGCGACCACUUCCUCGACGCGUUCGGCGCGGCGUCGGGCCUCUCGCCGAUGUUCGUGGACCAGGCCGUGCCCGACGGCUGCGUCGACGUCUUCGACGGCACGCCGAUAGGGGCCGUCGGCGUCCUCGCGGCGCGCUGAAAAUUCGUUCUCCUCUGAUUCCCCCAUGACUGUCUAUGCUCCCGCCCCUGUGUUGUCCCCCGUCGUCCUGUCCAUAACCUGAACAUACAAGA